UGAGAGGGCUAAAAGGUCAGCCUAAUCGAAGACGUUUCCCACACCUGUUGCGUGGGCGGUGGUGUCAACGAUGAGGACGUAAGAGGAGUAUAUAAGGAUGGAAUCAUCCUUCGGUGAUCAAAGUCUUCUUCCGAUACCCACAUCGACAACAUGAAGCUCAUCAUCCUCGCCUGCUUCGCCACCGUAGCUCUGGCCGCCCCUCAGCUGGGUCCAGACCACAACCUCCGCCAGCGUCCCAUCGCCAUCCUUAAGGACGAGCGCCAAGAUUUGGGCAACGGCGAGUUCACCUACACCUUCGAGACCGAGAACGGCAUCACCGAGUCGAGGAGAGGAUACCGCGGUUCCAAGGGUCAGAUCAACAUGGAGGGAGUCUACAGGUUCCCCCUCCCCGACGGCACCAUCGCCGAAGUCCGCUACGUCGCCGACGAAAACGGCUUCAACGCCCAGUCCCCCCUCAUCCCCACCCCCCACCCGCUCCCCGCCCACGCCAUCGAGCAGAUCCGCUUCGCCGAGGAGCAGCGCGCCCGCGGAGUCACCUUUCCAGAUUAUUAAAAAAGGGACGCCAUAAACGCCGCUGUCUGAUGAUGUCCUCCAUUCUCGUCGCCUCGCAUUUGAUCCACGCCACGUUUUCUUGGAAUGUAUAUAUAACAAUAAAAUAUAUUAGGGUUGGAA